AUGAGCUCCAUAACCCCAACCUCCUUCAUCGACGACGCCAUCUCGCUAACCAACCGCCUACCCCGGGGCCUCGGUCCACACCAGGUAGCGCAAUGGCUCUCGCAGCACGGAUCCGACACGUCUGCGUACACGGGCAGCUUCAUCGACGACAACGUGGACAGCGUGCUACGCGACAGCGGUGUAUCAUCCAGCCACGUGCGCGACCAUGGAAAAGAGAAGAGGAAGCAUGAAAAAGGGCAUGUGUGGAACGAGCGUGUGCAGAAAGCGGUCAGCGGAGAUGUGCAGCGGCAUGUAGACAAGAUACGGGGACUGCGUGGGUGUGUGCGGGUGCAGAAGGUGGGUGGUGUGUCGGAAAGCGAGAAGAAGAAAGAGAAGGUGUCUGUGCCUUUGCCGCGGGAGUGGGGGACAUUUGUUAUCAGGGAGAAGGAUGGGCGGGUUGUGGUUGUGGACGAGGAGGGGGAGUUUGAUUCUGGGGGGCAGCAGCAGUUACCAAGAUGGGCUUGGGUUAGAGCAGAGUCUACGGUUCAGGCGUCUGAGUCUGAGUCUGUGAGAGGGGAUGUGGAGCAGCUGAGACUGGAGCAGCAGAUGGGUUCAAGCCGGUCCGUGGGGAUUGCUAAGACGGCAAGGCGGAGGCAUAGGGAAUUUGGAUGGAGCAACAGUCAAGGCUCGCCAACGAAGGUACUCUCGCCUAUACCUGAGUCUGAAUGCGAGAGUGGCUGCCUGCCUUCUGGAAGCGAGACGACCAGGUCACCAAGGGACUUCAUGAUGAGUGGUGCGAAUGCAUGGUCACCACACACUCGGCCUUCAGCUGUGUCUACAGUUGGCUCAGCAAGCGAGAGCUGGGACUACAGGAGCUCAAAAUCGGUAGCUGAGAUGGUGAAAAAGGGGUACAGGCACGUCAAGCCAGUAUCUUGGGAGACUAGACACGCUGGAGACGCGUGGGAAGUGGAUGGUCCGGGUCAUUGGUACCAGAAUAAUGGGUCGACCUCCUCGAGCAAGAGCAAAAAGUCGACCAAGAGUUGCUCCACAUACAAGGCGCCGACCGUAGAAGAUGCAUCUAGUACCUCGUCGGGAGGUGAUGGCAGGAACUUGCCUCAUCCGUAUACUUGGGCAGCCAGCCCAUCUGACAGCGUAGGCAACUGGAGUCGCAGACCAAAGGCAGCAGAUAAUCCUGCAUGGACUGGUAUCCAAGCUUAUUCCUCGCAGCAACACGUCUUAAACAAUACACCUACGACACGCUCGUCAAGCGAAGUAACAUGGGACGGGUUCGAGCGCGACAAGACACUGAGUGACGUCAGCAUUGCAGGUUCCAGCAGCACACACGGGUGUCCUAGUAAUAAAAGCAUGCAAAGCAAUCAUCAUGACACAGGCCGGCGAAGCACGUCUCGCGAGCAAAUACGCGCUUAUAAUCAGCAUGGCUGGGAGGCGCACGGAAGUAGCGGAAGAGGCACUAUCAGAUACGCGAAUGGCUUUGACGAGGACAACGCGACGUAUCUAAAUGCGAAUUGGGGCGGAACACCGGUACGCGUGACUAAGUACUAGUCUUGUCGGUCUUCCGAGGCUGAAAAAAAAGUAUAUCGGACUAUUUCAUGUGG